AUGGGGCGAAAUGUCCAUCGAGUCCUUAUCGAUCAAGGAAGCUCGACAGAUGUGAUGUUUUGGGACACGUUCGUAGGCCUACAGGUACCCCGAGAUCAAUUACAACCAUUCGACGGCGUUCUCGUGGGUUUUUCUGGCGAACAGGUUGAAGUCCGAGGCCAUGUGGAUUUGAGAACGACCUUUUCAGACGAGAAUGCAGCGAAGACCAUCGUGAUUCGAUAUCUAGUAGUAAACGCACCCUCUUCUUACAACUUGCUGUUAGGGAGACCUUCUCUGAACAAAUUGGGAGCGGUGAUUUCUACUAGCCAUAUGAAAAUGAAGUUCCCGACAGAAGGAAAAAUCGUUACUAUGAAAGUCGACCAGGAAAUCGCCCGCAAAUGCUACGAAAAUAGUUUGCGCACUCGAAGGACUUACGCUUUGGCUCAAACAACGCCAACUCCGAUCAAUAACGAAACAGAGCAAGUUGAAUUAGACCCGAGGGCUGCAGAGGAACGACGUGGCCCAAAACCCGUCGGAGACUUAAAGGAGAUCGAAAUCUCCUCGGGGCGAAAGGUGAAAAUUGGCUCGGAUUUAGAUCCAAAAGUAGAAACUGAGCUUUGCCAGGUUCUACGAUCAAACCUCACGUCAUUUGCAUGGACCGCCAGAGACAUGCCAGGAAUCAACCCAGACGUUAUUUGUCAUCGUUUAAAUGUAAAUCCUGGGGCAAAGGCCAAAGUGCAAAGGCGGAGAAGGCUAAAUGAAGAAAAGGCGGAGGCCGCCGCAGGGGAGAUCUUGAAAUUACAAGAAGCAGGGCACAUCAAGGAAAUCCAAUACCCCGAAUGGUUGGCUAACAUAGUAAUGGUGAAGAAGGCGAACGGUAAAUGGCGGAUGUGCGUCGAUUUCACGAAUUUGAAUACCGCGUGUCCCAAAGACUCCUACCCCCUGCCCAACAUAGACACAUUGGUCGAUAGAGUGUCGGGCUGUGGAUUAUUAAGCUUCAUGGAUGCUUAUUCAGGUUACAAUCAAAUCCGAAUGCACCCAGAAGACGAGGACAAAACGGCUUUUAUGGGAAUAAAAGCAAAUUUUUGCUAUCUGGUAAUGCCUUUCGGACUCAAAAACGCAGGCGCAACAUAUCAAAGAAUGAUGGACAGGAUUCUGCAGCCCAUGCUGGGACGUAACGUAGAAGCCUAUGUGGAUGACAUGGUGGUCACCUCAACUAGGGAAGGAAGUCAUGCAGAUGACCUCCAAGAGUUAUUUGAUACCAUCAACAAAUACCAAUUGCGUUUAAGUCCUGAGAAGUGCGUUUUUGGCGUCAAGGCAGGCAAAUUUCUAGGUUUUAUGUUGACCGAAAGAGGAAUCGAGGCCAACCCUGACAAAUGCAUGACAAUCAUUAACAUGAAAAGCCCGAGCUCCGUAUGUGAAGUACAACAGUUGACGGGAAGAAUGGCAGCAUUGGCUCGGUUCUUGGCGAGAAGUGGUGACAAAGGACACCCCUACUUUCAGUGUUUACAGAAGAACAAUAAGUUCCCGUGGACACCCGAUUGUGAACAGGCCUUCACGGAACUAAAAGAGUAUCUAUGUCGACCUCCAGUUCUUAGUCGGCCCGAGCUCGGAAUCCCACUACAGAUGUAUAUAACAGUAACCGAGUACGCAAUAAGCUCGGUCCUGGUACAGGAAAAAGAAGGGGCUCAACGACCCAUAUAUUUCGUCAGCCGUUUACUACGAGGCGCGGAGAAACGAUAUCCGACCUUGGAGAAGGCAGCUUUGGCGAUCCGGAACUUACCCUACCUCGAGUUAAGGGCGAACGGUAACACCAGCAGAGAGGAUGGGACGAUCACAAAAUGGAUCCUAUCAAUAGAUGGCUCUUCUAAUCAACGAGGAAGUGGAGCAGGAGUAGUCCUAGAAGGACCUGGCGGGGUUCUCGUAGAACAAUCCCUAAAAUUUUCUUUUAAAACCAGCAAUAAUCAGGCUGAAUAUGAGGCUUUAGCCGCGGGAAUAUUACUAGCUAAGGAAAUGGGAGUCCAACACCUCACUGCUCGGAGUGAUUCCCUACUAGUAACUGGACAAGUCAAUGGCGACUUUGCUGCAAGAGAUCCCCAAUUGGCACGAUACCUGGAAUAUGUAAAAUCUCUGGCUGCAACCUUUACCACUUUUGAGUUAGUUCAUGUCCCUCGAGAAGAUAAUAACCGAGCGGAUUUACUAUCCAAGUUGGCCAGCUGUACCAAACCAGGGCAACAGAAAUCAGUCAUCAAGGAAACGCUAAAAGCUCCACGCGUAAGCAACUCGGAAAAGGUUGUAGUCAUGACUUCUCAUGGGAAUAGUAACUCAGAAACCUGGAUGACUCUCAUCAAAGCCUACCUAGCAGACGGAGUGCUACCUUCAGACCCAACGGAGGCUAACCGUAUAAAGAGGAGCUCUACCAGGUAUACUUUAUUAGAUGGACACCUUUUUCGCCUGGGAUUUUCUCGACCCAUCCUAACUUGUAUAAAGGAAGAGGAGGCCAAAAGGAUUUUGACCGAACUACAUGAAGGGAUAUGUAGAAGUCAUAUUGGAGGACGAGCCCUCAUGUUACGAACGCUCCGAGCGGGCUAUUUUUGGCCCACGAUGAAGAAAGAUUGCGCGGAGUUCGUACAAAGAUGCGAUCAGUGCCAAAGACACUCUAACCUACACAUGCUCCACCCGAGGUCUUACAUUCUAUCAACGCUCCCUGGCCCUUCCACACCUGGGACAUUGACAUCUUGGGACCAUUUCCACUAG